AUGGAACGAAUUUCAUCUCAAAACGUCCUCGUCCGUUCUCCUUCCGUCAUGGAGGUGAUUUCUUAUGACUUGGUCGGGCAACCGAAACAAAUCAAUAGAGGGCAGAGCAGCAGCUGCGAUCUGUCCUUCAAGAUCUUGCUGAUCGGAGACUCUGCUGUCGGCAAAAGUAGUCUUCUUGUUAGCUUCAUCUCCAACUCUGUUGGCGAUCUUGCUCCCACCAUUGGUGUGGAUUUUAAAAUUAAGUUGCUCAAUGUGGGUGGGAAGAGAAUUAAGAUGACAAUUUGGGACACAGCCGGACAGGAGAGGUUCAGAACAUUAACAAGCUCUUACUAUAGAAGUGCCCAAGGGAUCAUUCUGGUGUAUGACGUGACUAGGAGAAACACCUUUACCAACUUAUCAGAUGUAUGGGCUAAAGAAGUGGAACUGUACUCAAUCAAUCAGGACUGUGUGAAGGUGCUUGCUGGGAAUAAAGUUGAUAGAGAAUCUGAGAGGGCUGUGAGUAGAGAAGAGGGCAUCGCUCUUGCAAAAGAUAUUGGAUGCAUGUUUCUUGAAUGCAGCGCUAAGACUAGAGAAAAUGUGGAGCAUUGCUUCCAGGAGCUAGCAUUAAAGAUAAUGGAUAUCCCUAGUCUGUUAGUAGAGGGUUCUACUGUAGCAAAGAGAAACAUUUUAAAGCAGAAACAAGAAAAUCAAGCGCCUCCUAGUUGUUGCUCAUAAAAUGCAGCAGUGGGCACUAAUAUUGAAGCUUGACUUGCACAUCAUGUAUAUGUAUAUUUCCAUUAUUUUCCUAUCUUACUGCUUUACUGCUCGUCUUG